CAAUAAAGGCUUGAAUAUUUAGCUGUGAUCAGGUCGCUGCCCUCUCCUUAUCUUUUUAAAUGCAAAUCGUCUUUUAGGGGCAGUAGCUAUAUACCCAGCGCCUCUCCACGUCACCUGCCUUUGGUGUGUCUGGGCCAUUACUAAUAGAGCCUUGUAAACAAUCGUUAAUCAUGUAAGUGCUGCCGACCAUUGGAUUCGGACCGGGAGAGCGGAGCGCAGCGCGGGGCCGCGGCCCCUCCGCCUGCCCCCUCCCCGCCCCGGGCAGCCCGUCCCCAGGCAGCAGCCGCGCCGCUGCCAGAGCCCCGAGCAGCAUGCGGAGAGCCGCCGCAGGGGCCCCGACAGCAUGUACGUGAGCUACCUCCUGGAGAAGGACGGGCCCAUGUACCCCGGCCCGGUGCGACACUCGGGGGGGCUCAACCUGGCGGCGCAGAACUUCGUGGGAGCCCCACAGUACGCGGACUACGGCGGCUACCAUGUGAACCUCGACAGCGCUCAGUCCCCCGGGCCGGCCUGGCCUGCACCCUAUGCCGCCCCUCUCCGCGACGACUGGGGCGCCUACGGCCAAGGGGCUCCUCCGGCCGCCGCCGCCGUCCAUGGCCUCAACGGCGGCUCCCCCGCUGCCGCCAUGGCCUACAACCCCGCCGACUACCACCACCACCACCCGCACGCCCACCACCACGCCGGCCCCGCGCCCCACUGCUCUGCCGGGGUCAUGCAGCCCCUCAACGCCGCCAACAACGCUGCCGCUGCCGCCGUUCCCGAGCCUCUGUCACCCGGCGGGCAGCGGCGCGGCCUCUGCGAGUGGAUGAGGAAGCCGGCGCAGCCCCCUCUCAGCAGCCAGGGUGAAAAUCUGGUUCCAGAACAGGCGGGCGAAGGAGAGGAAGAUCAACAAGAAGAAGCUGCAGCAGACGCAGCCCGGAGGAGCAGAGCCCCUCAGCCCCGGCGCCCCUCUGCAGGGUCCCUCAGCGGGAGCGGCCGCCGCCGGUCUGGGCCCCGCCGCCCCGCAGUGACAGCGGCCGGGGACAGCGGCACAGGGACUGCUGCUGGAGGGCACGGCAGCGCCGGGGCCGGGCCGGGCUGGGGGGCACGAUGGGAGCCCCCUCCGCCCUCCCCAUGCACUACAGCGCCCAGCGGGGCCGGCAGUGUGUACAGAUGUACAGUGUAUGUGUCUCGUCCUCCGGGGGAAGCGUGGCCAUCUCUCUAUUAAUAUUAUUAUUAUUAUGUUUGGGUGGGGUUUUUUACCCUGGAGUUUGUUAGAUAAAAAGGGGGGGGCACUGCCUGACAGUCAACCCUCGGUGAAUCUCAGGGAUCGGUCCAAAAGACCUUAGAAAUGUUGUUGGGCUAGCAAUGAAUUUUAACAGAAAACAAAAUUAAAGCACAUUUUUUUUUAAUUUAA